CUACAGGCUACAGUGACACACAUUUUCUGAGAGCUCCCAGUGUUUCAUCCCCAUGAUUCCGUUCAAGCUUCAUCAACCCCCUCCAUCUUUCUCUAUUUCCCAAACUACCACUCUCCACCUCUCUCUCACCCCACGUAAAUUUUCAAUUCUACCCCUCCCUCCAACCCCUCACAAACCCACAGUUUUCCUCAAACCCUACCCCUUCUCUUUCCCGAUCCCUCUCUCCUAUCCCACCUUCAAAUUGAUUAGGGUUUCGAAAGCUGAAGCACCGUUUGCUGGCAAUGAAGGAGGCUACACCAAAGCUUCACCGGAGCUGGAAGACUUGUCUCCAGACGGCGCUGUUUAUCGGAAGACACUGGCAUUGGUGGAGUGCUCCAUGUUCGCCGCGCUCACCGGCUUGGUCUACUUCUUGAGCAAUUCUCUCGCUAUUGAGAAUUACUUUGGCUGUGUCUUCUCGUUGCCAAUAGUAAUCUCCUCAAUGAGAUGGGGCGUUGCAGCUGGAAGGAAAACUAUGGUGGCAACAGCCAUGCUAUUACUUGUCUUGUCUGGUCCAGUGAAAGCCUUAACCUAUCUGCUUAAGCAUGGAAUAGCUGGCUUCACAAUGGGUUAUUUGUGGAGGUCGGGAGCAAAUUGGACUCUUUCAAUUUUGUUGUGCACAAUCGUUCGAGCAAUUGGUGCUGUGGGAUAUGUCUUAAUAACUUCAUUCUUGCUAAGAGAAAACAUACUUGCUUUGAUCACCAUAAAUAUUCAUGCUUCUCUUACAUUCCUGUUCACUGCUACGGGGAUUAAUACAAUUCCAUCGAUGAAUGUGAUAUAUGCCAUAUUUGCGACCUUGGUUUUACUGAAUUGUGGAUGCUUCACAUUCUUGCUCCACAUUUUGUAUUCUGUGUUCCUUACCAGGCUUGGGAUGAAGGCUUCACUGGGAUUGCCAAGAUGGAUAGAGAGGGUUGUAUAAUUGUAUCUGAGGCAUUAAGUCAUUGAGUCAUUUUCAGUUUAUAUAAUACCAUACGUUAAAGGUGUCAGAAAAAAAAAUCAAUAGCUAGGUUUGGGUUAGAUUCGGUAUAUGUAUUUAACUUCAUUGAUCUUUAUGUAAAGUGUUAGAAACAACAUUUUUAUCUCACAAUGCUGAUGCAGUAAUUCCAACCGA